AGCGUUCCCGCACCUCUCCUACGCGUCGUCCCCCCCCCCCCACCACGAACGACUCACUUCUCUUCUCACGCGGAAAAAGACAUCUUUUUGUGCUGGUCUCAUCAUAGAAGUAAUCUGCCUUUUUUUUGGCCGUUUGAGAGCGAUUCAUACGUUAUACUCCCCACACCUGUUCUGUUGAUGCCUUUGGUAUCCGCAUCACAUUCUUUUUUUGCUUCAUAGAUUCUUUCCAGAGGCGAAAAUGAGCUCAGUCUCGCUGGCUUCUCAAAGCAGCUCAAACAUCGGCGAUAACAUCACUUACAUUGGCCUGAUUCGCCGCAGCGAAGGAAACGUGCUCAUCAUCUUUGCUUCCUUGACACUCGGCCUUAUCAUUGUUGGUACGUGCAUCUUCGUCUUUUGCUUCCGUGCGCGGCGCUUCUCCCCGGAGCGCUUCGUCCGCGUCCGCCGCUGCACAACCUCCGCUCUCUACACGGUGGAGAAUGAAAAGGCAUAA